UGUUGAAGGCUCCUCUGGAUUAUCAACUACUGUCAUCACAACCGGUAAUGAAACAAGUACAUGUGUAAGUGUGUAUGUCGGUGAAACCGUCAAUGUUUCAGCAAUGUGCUCAAAUGAUGAUGUUGCGAAUACGACAGUAAUACCUACUACAGUAGGUACUUGCUCCGAAAGCGGUUGCGUUGAGUUGCUAUUUGUAAUUGGAUGCAUACAGUCUAGUACAGAAAGUGCAACAACAGUGCCAGACAUAACAAAUGGAACAACACCUCCUGAAGAACCUAACGCUAUAACAACAGAUUCAGUGAUCCCAAAUGGACCGACAACCGCAACAUCAACAACCCGAGAAAUUCAAGAUGAAACAACAUUUCCUCAUGUGCCUAGCACUGUAACAACUGAUUCAAUGUUCUCAACUAGACCAGCAGAAUUGUCUUGUAUUGAUAUCAUAGCUUGUAGUGACGAUCAGUGCAAGCAAUAUAUCUCCCAAGUUUUCAG